AUGGCCUCUGUGAAAGCAUGUGCUCCAUACUUCUAUAUGAUUGUGUCCCAGUUCGCGUAUGCUGGAUCCAGCAUCCUUGGCAAGCUUGCAUUAGGACAAGGACUAAGUGCACUUGUCUUCGUAGUGUACAGGCACCUUAUUGCCAUGCUCAUCUUGGCUCCUCUUGCUUAUGUGCUCGAAAGGAAUCGAAGACCCAGCUUCUCAUUUGGUGUCAUGCUAAAAAUAUUCAUUCUUGCUAUGUUGGGUAUAACAAUUCAGCAAAAUGUAUACUACGUUGGACUCCAUCUCAUUUCUCCAACUGUUGUCAGUGCCUUGGGCAAUGUCAUUCCUGCUUUUACUUUCUUAUUGGCAAUUGUAUUGAGGAUGGAAAAGCUCAACUUGAAGACUGUAAGAGGGAGGGCCAAGCUUGCAGGGGCCAUCUUCUACAUCACUGGUUCCCUGAUCUUCACAUUUUGGAAAGUGUAUCACUUGUUCUUCAGGGAGUUCGAUAAACAUCAUAUUCAAGAAGGUGUUCAAUCAGCUAUAAAUGGACCAAAGCGAUCUGUUGCCCAUGACAACCCCGCUCUACGGCUUCACAGGGAGGAGCCACUAAAGACGACAAGGACCACCAACUUUAUUAUGGUCGAUGCACCAUCGACCUACAAUGUUAUAUUGGGUCAACCAACCCUCAACGAGUUCCGAGUGGUGGUGUCCACCUAUUACCAGAAGAUCAAAUUUCCAGUGGAUGACAAGGUGGGCGAAGUCAAAGGUGACCAGUUGGCCGCUCGGUGA